UUAGUGCUCAUACAGUUUAAACAUUAAUAUUGCACUAUUUAAGCGACAUGCUCUGCAGUAGCCUGGCCAUAGAGGUAUUCACCAUGGUCGAGUUUGGAGAUUUGAUAAAUGCUGUGGGGCAGUUUCGCCUCUAUCAGAAAUUGCUGGUGCUGUUGCUCUCCCUCCCACUACUUCUUAAUCCUUUCCAAAUGGUUGGCCAAGUGUUCAUGGUUGUGGACGUGCCUCAUUACUGCAACACGGACUGGAUCCGCGCUGUCGGCCCCAACCUGACUGAGGAAGAGCAGCUGAACCUCACCCUGCCCCGGGAUGCGGAUGGGGAGUACGAGCAGUGCUCCAUGUACUCACCCGUGGACUGGGACCUCGACUCCAUCGUGGCGUACGGCCUGAAUGCCACGGAGAAGUGCAGCAGUGGCUGGGUGUACCCCACAGCACAGCAGCCAUCCUUGCUCACCGAGUUUGACCUUGUGUGUGACAGGAAGGACCUGGGUGACAUCUCCCAGUCUGUCUACAUGGUGGGGCUUCUCCUAGGAGCUGUGAUCUUUGGACCACUCAGUGACAGGAUCGGCCGCCGGCCAGUUCUUCUGAUCUCCAUGCUCGGCCAGAGUUUGUUCGGUUUAGGAAUUGCCUUUUUGCCCAAUUUCAUUGCAUACAUGGUCUUCAGAUGUAUCAUGGCAACUGCUGUGUCAGGAAUUCUGAUUACUACCUUGCCCUUAGCUACAGAAUGGGUUGGUGUCUCCUAUCGACCAAAGGCAGUGCUUAUAACUCACUGCUUUUUAGCCCUUGGACAACUGGUCUUGGCUGGCUUGAGUUAUGGUAUUCGUAACUGGAGGUUGCUGCAAAUUGCAGGAUCUGUUCCUAUGUUUGCCCUUUUCUUCUACUUCUGGGUGCUACCAGAGUCAGCUCGCUGGCUGGUGACAAAAGGCAGAAUCGAAGAAGCUAAGAAGUACCUUAAGAAGGCAGCAUUCAUCAACAAACGCACCAUUCCUGCAGCACUGCUCGACCAGCUGAAGUGCGAGGCCCAGACCAAGUCUGGAAGUAUUCUGGAUCUCCUUCGGAAGAAGCACCUCCUGAAGGUGACUUUAAUCAUGUCGUGUGCCUGGUUUAUGGAUAGUCUAGUCUACUAUGGUUUGAGCCUUAACGUGACAGGCUUUGGUCUCGACAUCUAUUUGACACAACUUGCUUUUGGGGUAGUGGAGUUACCAGGUCGCAUUUGCUGCAUUUACCUGCUACAGUGGUUUGGGAGGAAAAAAGUCCAAGCUGUUCUCCUGCUGUUGGCUGGCUUGAUGUGUCUCAUCAUUGUUGGCAUCCCUGAAGACCAGGCUGUGGCAAUCACCGUCCUGGCCGUCAUCGGCAAGUUUGCCGCAAGUGCCUCCUUCUCCACCUCCUAUGUCUACUCUGCAGAGCUCUUCCCCACCAUCAUCAGGCAGAGCGGCGUGGGGCUGUGCUCGAUGGCAGCACGGGUGGCAGGGAUCAUCGCCCCGCUGAUCCGCCUCCUGGAGCAGUACCAC